ACGCGAUGGCGGAGAAGCGCGUGUCCCGCUGGUACUUCGGGGGCCUGGCCUCGUGCGGGGCGGCCUGCUGCACCCACCCGCUGGACCUGCUCAAGGUCCAUCUGCAAACCCAGCAGGAAGUGAAGCUGCGCAUGACAGGGAUGGCACUACAUGUGAUUCGCUGUGAUGGCUUUCUAGCACUCUACAAUGGGCUUAGUGCCUCCCUCUGCCGACAGAUGACGUACUCCCUCACCCGCUUUGCCAUCUAUGAGACUGUGAGGGACCACUUGACCCAGGGUGCCCAGGGGCCAAUGCCCUUCUACCAGAAGGUGUUGCUAGGUGCAGUAGGAGGUUUCACUGGUGGGUUCGUGGGGACCCCGGCUGACAUGGUAAAUGUCAGGAUGCAGAAUGAUAUGAAACUACCGCUGCAUCUGAGGCGCAACUACUCGCAUGCUCUGAAUGGGUUAUAUCGAGUCUUUCAUGAAGAGGGUAUAAAGAAAUUGUUCUCUGGAGCAACAAUGGCAUCCAGUCGAGGAGCCCUGGUUACUGUUGGACAGCUUUCCUGCUAUGAUCAAGCCAAGCAGUUGGUUCUUGGGACCGGUUUGCUCUCUGACAAUAUUUUCACCCACUUUCUGGCCAGCUUUAUUGCUGGUGGGUGUGCCACAUUCCUGUGUCAGCCCUUGGACGUGCUGAAGACACGGUUAAUGAAUUCCCAGGGCGAGUAUCGGGGCGUUAUGCACUGCGCAGUGGAGACUGCCAAGCUUGGACCAUUGGCCUUUUAUAAGGGCCUUGUUCCUGCUGGCAUCCGUUUGGUUCCGCACACUGUGCUCACCUUCAUCUUUCUGGAGCAGCUGCGAAAGUACUUUGGGAUUGUAGUGUUGGCCUAAGGCAGAAAAGGCUUGUCCAG